UCUUGUUCCGUUGGCGAGAGAAUAGUUUCGUCGGCUGCACAGUGCUCUCUCCAUACAUGUAGGGUUCAUCUCUUCUCCGAGAUUUUAACUUUUUCUGGACUGACCUUGUCAGUGAGCACUCGAUGGAUGUGCUGCUACAGCAGAAAGAAGAGCUCACCUGUUUUAAGCCAACAACACCCAACAACUGCUGUGUAUCAGCCUGCUUGACUUUGUACCACCGUGGCAAGUUGAUUGAAAAACAGCCGAAGCAAAAGGUUUUUCAUAACUGGCGUAAUGCAGUUCGAGAGUGAAGGCCAAACUGGACGACAUUUUUGAAAAAAAAAACAACAACACACAUUUCGACCGUGUGUGUGUGUGAGUGUGUGGGUGUGUGGUUUUUGUUUUCGUGAGUGAGUCAGCCCGUCGUAAAAUUUAGUUUGUUUUGUUCAAGUGAAAUAGCCUCGAGAUUUUUCACGACACCCCAGAAUUCGACGUUGCACACAAUUUCUACCAAAUUUCUGCGCCAUUGAAAAGAAGAAAUGGGGACUUUUGGCAUCAUCACUCGACUCAGCGAGGAGGAGGACGACCGGACAUCGGGGGCCACCGAGGCGGCCGAAUGCAUCGAAUUACGAGCCAUUCGCGUCCAGGUGACGGGCCAACGUUUUUGUAGCAAUCGGGUUUCAACGGCCAAGUACAACGCCCUCUCCUUCCUACCUUGCUUCCUGUUUGAACAGUUUCGACGCUACUCCAACUGCUUUUUCCUCUUCAUCGCCCUGCUCCAGCAAAUUCCUGAUGUGUCACCAACGGGUCGAUACACGACGCUUGUCCCGUUGUUGUUCAUUCUGGCCGUGUCAGCCACCAAGGAAAUUGUGGAAGAUGUCAAAAGACACAAAGCUGAUCAGGAGACCAACAAGAGGCAGGUGGAAGCCCUGCGGGAUGGCCAGUGGCUUUGGCUGGCAUGGCAACAAAUUAACGUUGGAGAUGUGGUUCGAGUCAGAGCUGGAGCUUUUUUCCCGGCCGAUCUUAUCCUGAUUUCUUCGAGUGAGCCGCAUUCGCUGUGUUACAUCGAAACGGCCAAUUUGGAUGGGGAGACCAAUUUGAAGAUCCGCCAGGCUUUGCCAGCCACUGCCAAACUGUUGAGUGUCACGGCUCUCAAGGAUUUGCAAGGCACUCUGCAUUGCGAAUUGCCCAAUCGUCACUUGUACGAAUUCACCGGCACGCUCAGACUCGCCAAUCACGAGCCGCUUGCUUUGGGUCCGGAUCAAUUGCUGCAGAGAGGCGCCCGUCUCCAAAACACAAAAUGGGCCACUGGAAUCGUCCUCUACACCGGCCACGAGACAAAAUUGCUGCAGAAUUCAUCCGCCGCCGCUCCAUUGAAGAGAUCGACUGUUGAUCAAGCAGCCAACAUGCAAAUUCUGUUGCUCUUUUUCUUGCUGGUCCUGCUCUCUUUGCUGGCCUCGAGUUGCAAUGAGAUUUGGGCCUCCAAUUUUGGCUUCCAGCAUUGGUACCUUGGAUUAGAAGAUCUGCCGACGGCCAACUUUGGCUACAAUUUGCUGACGUACAUCAUUCUGUUCAACAACCUCAUCCCCAUUUCUUUGCAAGUCACAAUCGAGAUGGUCCGGUUCAUGCAGGCCACGUUCAUCAAUAAUGAUUUGGAAAUGUACCACGUCGAGACGGACACGCCAGCCUGCGCUCGAACUUCCAAUUUGAACGAGGAGCUGGGCCAGGUCAAGUACGUUUUCUCGGACAAGACUGGCACGUUGACGCAGAACGUGAUGGAGUUCCAGCAGUGCUCAGUGGGUGGCACCAUCUACUCGGCCAAGAGCGACGUGGUGGUCAACAGUUCCGGCAUGGCUUCGUCGAUGGUUCAAGACUUGACGGCCAAACAUUCGAACGCCCCCUACAUUCGAGAGUUCCUCACUCUGCUGGCCGUCUGCCACACGGUCAUACCGGAGAAGGAUGAAACCAAUCCCGAAAUCCUCCACUAUCACGCCGCCUCUCCAGAUGAAAGAGCUCUGAUUCAAGGAGCUGCUCGAUUGGGAUGGGUCCUGUCGUCACGCACACCAGAGACAUUAACGAUCACCGCCGAGGGGAUGGAACAUCGUUACCAGCUACUCCACAUUCUCGAGUUCACCAGCGACCGUAAACGCAUGUCGGUCAUCGUCCGGACGCCCUCCGGAAAGAUUAAAUUGUUUUGCAAAGGAGCAGACACGGUUAUCUACGAGAGAUUGGGAAGCGCCGCUCCUACGGGACCUCAGCAACAUCAACAGUACAUCAGACAGGUGACGACCAAUCAUCUGGAAGCGUUCGCUCGUGAGGGUUUGCGCACUCUGUGCUGCGCAGUGGCCGAAAUCCCGCACGAUAUUUACGAGGAGUGGAAGCACACGUACCACCGGGCGUCCGUCUCGAUGCAGAACCGCGAGGAGAAAUUGGCGGAUGCGGCGAAUUUAAUCGAAAACAAUUUGGUUCUCCUGGGCGCUACGGCCAUUGAAGACAAAUUGCAAGAUGAGGUUCCGGAAACAAUUGGCGCGUUACUUGAAGCGGAUAUCCGCAUGUGGAUGUUGACUGGCGACAAGCAGGAAACGGCUAUCAACAUCGGCCACGCCUGUCGCCUCCUCAAUUCCAACAUGGAAUUAUUGGUCAUGAAUGAGGAAUCGCUCGAUGGUACGAGGGAAGUGAUUGGCCGAUGGUUGAGCACCCGCUCCGAGGGCAGCUCGCCCCUGAGCACGACCAUGGCUUCUUCGGCCGCCCUGGUCGUCGACGGACAGACUCUGAAAUACGCCAUGAGCUGCGACCUGAAGAAGGAUUUCCUCCAGUUGUGCCUGCAAUGCCGGGCCGUCAUUUGCUGUCGGGUGACGCCCAGUCAGAAGGCGGAAAUCGUCGAGGCCGUGACGAUCGAGACGCAGGCGGUGACGUUGGCCAUCGGCGACGGAGCCAACGACGUCGCCAUGAUCCAGAAGGCCCACGUCGGCGUCGGUAUCUCGGGCAUGGAGGGUCUCCAGGCGGCCUGCGCAUCAGAUUACUCGAUCGCCCAGUUCCGCUUCCUGCGCCGGCUUCUCCUCGUCCACGGCGCCUCCAAUUACUACCGCAUGUGCCGACUAAUUCUCUACUCCUUCUACAAGAACAUCACCCUGUACGUCAUUGAGCUCUGGUUCGCCCACCACUCGGCCUGGUCGGGUCAGAUUCUCUUCGAACGAUGGACCAUCGGUCUCUACAACGUCCUCUUUACUGCCGCCCCACCUUUAGCCCUGGGAUUGUUUGACCGGCGUUGCACGGCCGAGGUCUCCUACAGGUACCCGCAGCUCUACAAACCCUCACAGUCUGCCCAGCAUUUCAAUGUCAAGGUUUUCUGGUUCUGGAUGUCGAAAGCUUUGAUCCAUUCCGUGUUGCUGUUUGGGCUACCGUUGAUGGCCUUUGGUGAGGACAUUGUCUGGUCCAACGGAAAGGAUGGAGGCUACCUCAUUCUGGGCAACGCUGUGUACACCUAUGUCGUGGUCACGGUCUGCCUCAAGGCCGCACUGGAGACUUAUUCGUGGACGUGGCUUUCCUUAUUGGCUAUAGGAGGAUCAGUUCUGACAUGGUUCCUCUUUUUAGCUUUCUACAGUCAUUUUUGGCCCAGCUUACCACUCGCUGCCAACAUGGCCGGAAUGUCCCACAUGCUAUUGUCGUCGCCCGUCUUUUGGUGGGGACUGAUCCUUGCCCCAGUCACUGCCCUUAUCUCCGAUUUCUCCAUCAAAACCCUGUGGAAUACCAUGUUCAAGUCAUUCACUGACCAAGUGUGCGAAAGAGAGAUCAAUUUGCAGCGAUCCGAGUCGGGAAAGCUGCUGGAUAGUCAACGGAGGGAUUCCAGGACCAAGUUGGUUGAGACCGCCCGGCUGAUGCGCAGCGUUCGAAAUGUAUUCCGGCGGCCAAACGCCUCGUCGGACGGAGCUCGCGGCCAGACGGAACUCGAACUUUCUCACGGUUACGCUUUCUCGCAAGAGGAACACGGAGCGGUGCGGCAAGGGGACAUGGUUCGAGCCUACGACACCACUUUGCCUUCGAGGUCAAUGGACAAAUUGUAAAAGAAACAAAACAAACCCAAAAAAACAUUAUCAAGACUGAAACAAAUUCACCGCCCCCAUCCUCACCACUUACAAAAAAAAACGGAAGAAGAAAUGCAAACACAUUCAGAUUUAUUCAUCAAACAACAACAAAUAGGAUCGUCCCCCGCCACAGCCCAGUUUGUUGACCCGGUUAUAUAGUUGUUUAUUAUCGCGGGGGCCUACUUGUUCAUUCAUUUUUACCCAAAUCGUCGAAAGAAAAAUGGAUAGAAGACGAUACCCGCAUUUAGUAAUUUUGCUGUGCUGUUGGCCUCGGUGUCGGCUUCGUGUUGUACACAAUAAUCCCCCCCACCACCACCACCAACAACACUUUCCUGUGUCUCCUUUUUAAUUGCAAUUCUUCCUCAUCCGGGGGAUGAAGGGAGGAUUGAAUUCGGAGUUCUUUUUAUUAUUCGUUUUUCUCCUGCGCCAUCUGUGUUAACUGUGAAAUAUCUCUUCGUUUGUGUCGUCGAUGAUUUAUUUUUUAAAAAAUUACGUGUUUAGGUUCCUACUAUCCCCUUUUUAAAACACAUUUCCUGUCGUUCGCAACACACACACACACAACUAUACACCCAGAAGAAAAGGAAAACACGACCCCCCGAAGUUGAUGAAUAGGACAAUGUGAUGAUCACCACUACCACAAGAACAACAACAAAUUCAUCCCAAUUCCAAUAAUGAUGAAUUUCAACAAAUUCUAGUCAGACUGAAUUGAUCAAGUUCAAAAAUAAUUUUCAGUUGCAUUGGGUUUUAUAGUUCCUUUUUUUUUUGGUUCCUUCAAAUCUUUGGUAGUAUAUUUCGAUUACGUCAACUUAAUGUCUCUCUGCCUUUUGUUUCUUGCCAAUUCAAUUCGCACCCGAGUCUUUUUUUUAAUGAUUUCGAUUUGAGUUUUAUUUGAAUUAGGUGAUUUUUAAAGAAAUUACUGUGUCAUUCGUAUUCGUCUUCCUGCCACGUUGGACUUUCAUCGCGGGUCAUCACUUUCACUUAUUUAAUUGGCGUGAUUUAAUUUAAUUCAUUUUUUUUUUCAAAUUAAUUUAUGAUUUCAUUAUUGGGUCUCAUUUCUUGGAAAUUAUUCAUUGGUCUCUCCUCUCUCUCUAUCUCUCUCUCUUCUAUUUCUCUGGUCGCUCUGCCUCUUCAUUUCUAUCGGCCCGCCCUUUCCAAACUUUAUCGACGUCUUUCUAUAUUCCAUAUACUAUUGUCAUUAUCAUAUUAUACAUGUACCGGCUGAAA